AUGGCUGCUAAGGCAGUAUGGGAGUACAGGGGGGACCCGGAGCAGGCAGCUCUACUAGUUCAGUUUGCCAAUGGAAAUAUUCAGACCCCCAAGGAUGUACGUUUCACUUUGUAUAGGAAUGAAGAUGACAAAACCCCAGAAACAAAAAGGCAAAAAAUUUUGGCAGCAGAAAACAGACAGACUAAGUUAUGUAGGAAAUAAUUUCUCAACUGAAACUGCAAAGAGCACCCCCCUGUGCAAGUAUUUUAUUGGGGUUCUGAAUAAAGCCACUGGAAAGAUGGAGGUGUAUGAUGCUGAGCAUAUCAAGAUGCAGCCAGUACUGGAAGCAGAAAAUAGCAUGGGUAAGCAAAUCCAAGAUGCGACAGACCCGUCAACAAGAACCUACAGAGAAAAGGUGGAUGCUCUUAUAGAAGCUUUUGGUACCAACAGACAGAAACGUGCUUUAAGUUCUCGAAAACUGAACCAAGUUGGCAGUGAAACAUUAAAUAAAGCAAUGGUGAAAGCAGCAGAAGAGAUCAUCGAGUACAAAGGAAGAACAGAGCUAGUGAAAGAAGCAAUAGACACAACUAAAGAAGAGUUGUCUUCUAUGUUUUUGCCUCCAUGUGAUCCUAGUGCAGAUAAACCAGAAAAUGUCUACAAAUUUGAUGACCUUAUUUCUCCUGUGGAAUAUGAAGCUUUGGAAAGUGUAUCUGCUUCUUUUAAGAACAUUACAUCUGAGGAACUCCAACAGAUGACAGAGAAAAAGGAGCAAACUUUAUUUGUACUUCAAGAGCUCCAAGAUCUUAAACUCACAAAUGACAUUGACCGUCAAGCUCGCGUUCUGUGGUAUUUGGACACACUGAUUAAAUUCAGCCAACUUAAAGUUGCAAAACGGAAAGGUCAGUUCUUUAAACUACAGUUCCCAAAAUUAUUAAUUAUUAUUAUACAGGAUUUAUACAGCGCCAACAGUUUGCUCAGCGCUUUACAAUAUAAAGGGAGACAAUACAGCAACAAUACAGUUCAAUACAAGAGGGAUAGGAGGGCACUGCUCCUUGGAGCUUACAAUCUAGGAGGGAAUAGGUAACACGUUUAACAUUUUUUACAGCUGAUCUGUUUAGAGAACCAUAAAUGAGGGAUCUAGAAUUAUUUCUCUG